AUGGCAUCAAUGGAGACCUCAUCUUUACCCCAGCCUGCGACGGGAGAACCGCGCAAUGCGAUAACCCUUCACAUUCUAUGCCAGACUUUACCACCUCCAAAUCGCUUCACCAUCCAUAAUGUUUCACUUUCGACAACAAUUGCCCAGCUGAAAGAGCGGAUUGAACAGGCGUUUCCUGGGAAUCCUCGGGCAUCGACUCAGAGACUGAUAUACCGAGGAAAGCCCCUCAGGGUCGAGGAUGCCGUACUAAGUGCAAUAAUAUCAAUAGGAGAGGAGUUUAAUGGCAGUGAAAGUAUACAUCUGGUCUUGCCACCCGAGCCCCCAAAAAUGGAGAAAUCUCCAGUGGCCUCAGGCACCUCGCAGGCUUCUCAGAUCGCAGAGGAGUUGACUCAAAGCUCUACUCAAACAUCCGGGACGACUACCCAGUCUGGCACACAUCCAUCGGUGGCGCCAGCAAAUGCUCCGUCUGCCCAUAGCUUUGUCAGGCCUGCCCUUGGCAGUGCGACUCCUCCAUACACCACCAUUCAACAGAUCAUUAACAACUCAUCGCCGGCUCUAUCUGGAACCAACAACCAAUCCCCGGACGCUGAUGGCGCAGACUUCUCGCAUCGCGUGCGGGUAAUGCGCCGCCAUAUUGAACUGAUAGAACAGCAAUUAGACCAUCUCACUCUUCCACCCAUGGCACACAUCAUUUCCGUGCGAACUCAGCUUCUUGAAAUCCAAGACGCACGCUACGAGAGACGCCUUCCUGUCCCUGGGGUCGCCGAGUUGGUAGGACGUAUCUUCAACGCCCAGCAACGAGCUCGUCUCCUGGACUCCGCCAUGAUGCAGCGGUCCUCUCAAGUCAACCCAAGUGAAUCAGUGAAUGCUUCGGGCUCGGUCGAAAGAGGAGCAGAAAACUCUCCUCCGCUUUACAUGUUAUCUUCACCUACCGGAGACCAAAGCAUCAUUUUCACACCAAACGCCAUCAACGCCCAGUCACCUGCAGUGCAGCCGACUUUGCCCACCCGCACAGCGGCAGGUGAUCCAGCUGCAGCGCAUCAACCCCCCAACGCAGCCGCCGUGCAAAACGCUGUGCGUCACGCGAUGCUCAAUCAACAACGUCGAGGCAACAACAUCGAACACAACGGUCUAGCGCGACACAUGCGCCGCAUCUGGCUCUUCACCCGACUUUGGUUCUUCUGUUAUUUGACCAGUGCCCCCGGAACCUGGAGAAGAUACAUCUUCGUCAGCCUAGCGCUACUGGCCUCCUUUUUAUCAGAGACCGACAUCCCACAGCAAUUCCUUCGAUCAGUGAUAGCACCUGCUCAGCGUCAUCUGGAAAGUCUGGCACAUGCCGGCGGGCCAUUAGAUCCAUCCGCAACGGCAACAAACGGGGCUCCGGGGUUAGGUCUAUGGGAGCAAAUCCGCCGCCUAGAGCGGUCUAUCGUGCUCCUCGUUGCUAGUCUAAUUCCCGGGCUUGGGGAGCGCCAGGUUCAGGCUCGACAUGCUGCUGAGCGGGCACGUGAGGUUGCGGAACAGGAGCGUGCGGAACAGGAGCGUGUGCAGCAGGAAGCGGCGGUGGCACCAGAACACCCUGAGCAGAACGAGCAGAAUGAGCAGAAUGAUGAGUCUGGUCUUCCUGAUGCAGCGCCUGUUGUGGAUUCAGGCACAGGAGAUAAUUCCGGCAAUGUGCGGGUGGAAUGA